CAAAGAAGAAUAAAGUGUAUAGUUCAGAAUACAGGAAAUUAAAAGGGCUAGUAAGUAGUACGUGUAGGUGCUGAAAAUAUGGUGAAAGAAAAUCUACUAACUGGCGGAUCAAUAUUUGUGGAGAAGAGAAAUCACUGUGUCAUUUAUCCAGCCAAUGGCAGUAUGGUAGCAAAGUCUGUGGAAAGAAGAAACAAGAACUGGUUUGUCCAGACAAGAAUUGCAAGUGAUUUGAUAGUACAAAUUAAAGACAAAAGCUUCCACUUGCAUAAGGUAACAGCUACACUGUCCAGUUCUUCAAUUUGAGAGGAAAAAUCCCAACGUCCGAACUGCACAUUAGAUAAAUUUCAACUUGCAUAAGGUGACAACUGAAUGUUUGAUAAGGGUACUUCCUGUUGAAGAAAACUCAGUUCCCUGCAAUUUUCUGCUUCAUCUUUUCAAGAUUGGGCUUAUUAUGAAUAUUGAUCAAAGAUUACAAGAUCAGCUCAAAACAAGAGUAGCUUUCUUGUUGGAAAGCUGUAGUGCUAAAGACCUUCUAGUAAGGAACAGCACAACUCUUUUCGACGUAGAUAUUGUUAUUCAAGUAGUAGAAGCUUAUGUCUCGCUUGCAUCAAAUAAUCCCAACUCAAAAAUGUCUGUUGUCGGGAGACUAGUAGACGAUUACCUUGCCCUCGUAUCAAGGGACGAGAACCUUGUAGUGAGAAGCUUUUACUCUCUUGUAAAUGCAUUGCCAAAAGAAGCACGAUCUUGUGAUGACAACCUAUAUAGGUCGAUAGACAUGUACCUCAAGGAACAUCCUGACCUAACAGAAGAAGAAAGAAGCAGCAUAUGCAGAAAAAUGGAGUACCACAAGCUAUCACAGGAAGCGCGAACACAUGCCAUGAAGAAUGAUAGGCUGCCGGAUAAUAUCAGGACACAAUUUAUACUUGUUGAACAGAUCAAUAUGACAAGGUUACUAACUUCAGCUGGUUCAAGUUACCAAAGGACUAAGUCACAGACCAUAAUGAAAGUCAGCAAAGGUGUAGGCAAGAGUUGGAUGAAUUCCUCCCAAAAUGAAAUGGAAGUGAUGAAACAAGAGGUUGAGAUGUUAAAGGCUCAAGUUGGUGAACUGAAGCAAUGUAGGAGGGAACUUCAAAGGCAAACCAAGAAAUCUGUUUGUUGUUAGUUCCUUAUGUUUCAUGUCUGCUACGGAUUUGGUUCCUUGAUUUUGACCAUUGUAAUUUCGAAGUGUUUUUGGUUAAUCAACCUUAAGAUGCGGAGUUAUUUUCAAA